CAUUUUGAACCCAAAAUGUACAGGCUCGUAGUGUAUGCCUUUGUGAUCGCGGCCGUGUCGUGCCAGCAGCAAGAAGGAGCCAGACGCGUGGCCAAACAAGCGUACGCUGGCGACCCAAAGACAGCAGCCAUUGUGCAGGAAGCCCGAUAUCUCAACGGAAAUGGCGCUUUUGGAGCCGCAUACCAACAGGAAGACGGCAUUGACUUCAAAGAGGAAACCGACGCCGACGGCAACAGGAGAGGAACUUACUCGUACAUUGACCCCACUGGACAAAGGAAGACCGUGAGUUACAUCGCUGGAAAGAACGGAUUCCAAGCUGUUGGUGAUCAUAUUCCGUCCGCCCCUCAGCCUGUUGCGCCCACUCCUGGUUACACUCCAGAUCCGCGGUACCAGGCCCCAGAGUACAAAGCCCAACAGUACACUGCACCUCAGCAGUUCACUCAGCCUGCUCCUGUGCGCAACUAUGCCGGCAAGCCCAAUGAAGAUGACGGCCAAUAUCACCCUGAGUUGUACGAGCAGGAAAAUUACGUCGCACCUCAACAACAGUACCAAGCGCAGCCUCAGUACCAGCAAGCUCAGCCGCAGUACCAGCAGCCUCAGCCGCAGUACCAGCCCCAGCCCCAAUACCAGGCUAACAACAUCUAUCCAGGUGUUCAACAAGCACAAUACAGUGGUUUACAAAACCAGCAGUACACGGCUCCUCAGCCGGUAGCACGCCAACCGCAACAAUACUACGACCCCACGACGCCUCCACCCACCCGCUUCUUCCCCCCAGGCAAAUUCAGCUUAAACCGACAACCCGAUGGUUACACGUACUCCUUCCAUAAAGUGUAAAUCUAAUUUAUAAGGAGGGCCUCGGCGAUUGUAAUGGCCGAAACACGUAAAAAGCACGCAUCAAUUAGCAAUUCGCCGAGUCACUGAGGGGCGGCCGCGCAGUGUGCACUCGGACGCUUCAAAAGCAUUUCUUAAUUGCUGUUUGCUGUGAUAGUGUGUUAAUGGACA